CAGAAUUUAUGGUAACCAAGCUUUUUGUCGUUACGGACACCAACUUCUAGAUGACAUUCCUUCCCCCAGUGAAUGCGUCAAAAUCACAACAACCCAGUUCCAACGCCUCAAACGAAAGCCAGGGUUGUUUGUUCCAUCACUUGAAUGAUUACGCGAGUUUGUCAAGAAACACUGUUGGCAACUCAUUCCUAAGAAUAAUCUGGACCUAGGCAAGGGAUAAAAUUUGAAUAAAUAAAACCUUGUCACCAGAAAAAAAAAAUGGUAGGUAGAAUCCAAGCCAUGCCAGCUUCUGAGAAAGAAUUCCGAAUGGUGACAGAUGUUUUUUUUUUUUUUGGGGGGGGGGGGGGGGAAUCAAAUCCGACCAUUUACUUCAACUCCCAAAUAAGACGGCAAAGACUUGUGUAAUGUGCUUCACAAACCCCAUCUAGAAAAUGACAUUGACUUCAUUUCUCCGUUCCCCACAAUCUGGACCUUACUAUCUUCUCCCACUUCCCUCCUCUUCAUAAUUGCCUUCCGUUCGCUUUUCUCUGCUCUCAUUCAAUUGUGAUUGCAUGCUAAAUCAUACACAAGAACUCAUGGGAGACCGCCAUGUCUCUUCUUCCCCACCUAACUACCAUGGACAGAGCCGCCAUGGAAUUGGAGGAGAUAGAGAAUUCAGUUUCUGGUGGUCAUCAAAUACAGAAGCCUCUGGAAAUGAUUGUGUCCAUCUUCAAGGGAGCUCUGGAGAAGGCACAGCCUUUAAAUCUAAGCAUUCAAAUUUGGUUCCUGGUAGCCACCAUUGUGACAGUGUUUCUCAUAAUUCACGAAGCAAGGCUAUUGAAGAAAGUAGGAAGGAGCUUAUGCAGACGCUUCAAGACUUGCCUGACUCAGCCUUUGAGCUUUCUUUCCAGUAUUUGGUGCAGCAGCAGCAGCAGCAAGCGUUGCAACCUGUUCAAAAUGAAGCUUUCAUCGGCGAGAAAAUAAAAAAUAGUGUCGAUGAAGCUCAUGUUAGAAAGCAGGAUAAAAAGAAGGAGAAUGAGGAGAAGAAGAAUAAUAAUAAACCAAAUCAGAUUUUGCGAGUUGAAAGCAUGGACAAUGAAAAUUUCCUCAUCAAGAUGUUCUUCCCAUCUUCUUUAGACUGGAAGAAGAAGGCAAAAGUGGGGAAUGUCUCCAAGCUUUCUCCAACACCAUCAUUUCACAACUCCGUAAGACAAAUAGGCAAAAGGCAGAGGAUAAAGUCUUCUCAGAGAGGAGAUAACAGAAGCGACUUGAAGGGUCACGCAGAUGAAAGCACCAAUAAUAGUCCCAAGACAAGCGGCAAAAGCAGGUACGCUGACGGCAAUUUCUCGCUAUGUUGCUGGCCCUUCCUUUUUCCUUCAAGAACAAAGAAACAGGGAGGAUGAGAAUGAGAUUUAAACAGGAAUGCUUGAAGGUUGCCACACUUAAAAACACACGUUGGAUGGAAGAAUAGCACAGUUAGAAACUUCUGAGGUACCCAUGAAUUCUUCAAUUGGAGUUGUAGCAUUCACUAGAUUCUUUGACAAUCAAAUCUGUUCAUCUCAUGCGAUGAAACGAAGGAUGAAGAAACUGUCCAGAGUGUAUAGGAUAAUCAAUGCUUCUUGCAAUUUAUCGCCUGAAAAAUUGUUAUAGCCAGUCCAGAGAGCAUAUGAACAAGAUUGAGUUGAAAUCGCUCUUGAGAGCAUGCAUUGCAUUGUGAAUUCUACUUUGCUCCUGUUUUCCUCUUACUCCUCAAAGAUUGAUAUAAAGAAAGAGGAAUCACGUAGGCAACAAUCAAAUGAAAAAUAAAUGAACGUGUUGGAAGAAUUAAGAAUUUUCAUUUCACGGCUAAAAAUUACAUGAAACAUUGAUUUUGUUAAACUCGCUUGUAAUAUCAUUAUUCUUAUUGUACAAGGUUGCUGUAAGUCAGGACAACAAACUCCUAUUGAAUAUUGACUAGCUUGUCAGACA